CAUUCAAACCCGGAAGUAAGCAAUACCGAAUACUUUUUCGUCGCAGUUCAGUGAGUGUUGAGUUUUAUCAACAACAGAAGUAAAUAUUCUUGUAGAAAGGCGUAAAAUGGGAACUACAUCAAGUCAACUUAAUAAAAAUGAUCUGUCAGAAUACCAAGAGCUGACCUUUCUGACAAAACAAGAAAUCCUUCUGGCUCAUAAGAGAUUCACAGAACUGCAGUCCAAAGAACAGAAAGGUGUUCUACAUUUAAGAGUUCCCAUGGAGAAGAUUCAUAGUCUGCCUGAGCUGAAGUCCAACCCUUUCAGGAAAAGAAUCUGCCAGGUAUUCUCAACAUCUGAGGAUAAAGAUGGAAGCCUCACCUUUGAAGAUUUCCUGGAUCUUCUGAGUGCCUUCAGUGACUCAGCCACUAUAGAAAUCAAAUCCCACUACGCAUUUCGUAUAUUUGACUUUGAUGACGACGGAACCCUCGGUUAUGGUGAUCUGGAGAAACUGGUCAACUGCUUGACCAUCCCAGAAGACAAGCAGAAAGACACAGAAGAGACGGGAUUAACRAGAGAGGAAAUGAAACAGCUCAUAACCAAUAUCCUUGAUGAAUCAGAUAUUGACAAGGAUGGGACUGUGAACCUCUCKGAGUUUCAGCAUGUCAUUUCAAGAUCUCCAGAUUUUGUCAGUUCUUUCAAGAUUGUGCUGUGAAGACUUCUACUUUGCUGUGGAAAUGCUGCGCUUUUUACUCUCCUACUAAWGUUUUGGAUACUUUUGAUGCCUUAAAAUCUAAUAACUUGUACAUUUUCCUGUCUUAACAUUUUAUGCAUUGGUUGUGAAAUUUCUAUAUAUAUUUUUUAAACGUAUGUAAAAUAAAAGUUUAAAAAAUA